AUGAAAUUACCAUUGAGAACGACUACGAGGUGGAUACAGCAGAGCGGAAAGAAUGGUUGCCGAAUUUUAUCAUCCUCCGGAGCUCGGCUAUCCUCUCCUUCUCUUUCUUUGAUUGAAAAACAAAAGGCCCUGUUGCAAAACAGCACUAGACACUAUGCCUGUAAUGGAGGUGGUGGAUGUGGUGGAAAUGGUUCUUGUUCCGGAAAACAAUCGUCAUCGGGUGAUCAUCCUGAUAAACCUACUCACUCAGUCAGUUUUGGAGAGUAUACAUCCAAUACUCAAGUAUGUGCAAAUUCUGAAAUGGUCAACAUUUUCCUCAAUGGUUUUCCAAUCAGAGUUCCCAAAGGAAGUACAAUUUUGGAGGCUCAAUUAUUCUUCAACGACAUGAUUUCUAAAACUAACGGCGUUAUCGAUGAAAAGGCUAAAGUUGAAAUCCCAACUUUGUGUUAUCAUCCUCGUUUGAAGGAACACUCACCAGCUAACUGUAGAAUUUGUCUUGUGGAGGAAGAAAUUAAUCCACAUGACAUUGAGGAUCAAAUAAGACAAACCGGUCGUCACAUGUAUCCUCAAACAGACAAUCAAACAAAGCUUGUUCCUUCUUGCGUGAAUAAGGUGAAGGAAGGCGGAUGCUAUUGGACUCAAACUCAAAAAACCUAUGAUAAUGCUAAAUCAGUAUUGAAAUUUAUGCUCUCUCAUCACAAUUUGGAUUGUCCUUCAUGCUCUGCAAACAACAUGUGUGAAUUUCAAAACUUGCUUGAAAAGUAUCACGUUUCAAAGAAGGAUCUUCCUCCAUCCUUGCGAGAUUUUUAUACCGACACUUCUGACGAGUUCAAGAAAGUGGCCAAUAUUGGUACUCCAGACUAUAUAACUGAAGGACCAAUUCAAAUAGAUCCUGAUAAGUGCAUUAGAUGUACAAGAUGUAUUAGAACUUGUAACUUUAUCCAAGAACGUGAAGCUCUCUCCAUGUCUGGCAGAGGCCACAAUGAACAAGUACAACAAUUGAACUUGAUUUUGAGUGAGGCUAGUAACUUCACUGAAGGAAGAUCUCCAUGCAUUUCAUGUGGUCAAUGUAGUCAGAUUUGCCCAGUUGGAGCCAUUACUAUUAAGGCACAGCUCGAAGAGGUGGCUGAUUUGUUAAUGCAAAAGAAACACGCUAGUGCUUUUAUGGGCAAAGAGAAGGAUUAUAUUAUGGUAGCAUCUACAGCUCCAGCAGUUCGAGUUGCCAUUUCCGAGGAGUUUGCAAAGGAACCAGGUUAUUAUAGCUCAGCUCAAUUAGUUCAAGGGCUUAAAAAACUAGGAUUUGAUUAUGUAUUUGACACUUUAUUCUCAGCAGACUUAACCAUUAUGGAAGAAGGUACUGAACUAAUUGGAAGACUGACAAGCAAUCCUCCAGGACCCUUCCCAAUGUACACUUCAUGCUGCCCUGGUUGGAUUAACUUGGUUGAGAAAGAUUUCCCUGAAAUUAUUCCAAACGUAUCUUCGUGCAAGUCACCUCAACAGAUGUUAGGUGCUGUAGUGCGAAAUUACUGGACUCCAAAGAUGCAACAUAUUCUAAAGGGAAAGAAAGUUAUUCACGUCUCAAUUAUGCCUUGUACCGCAAAGAAGGGUGAAGCUCAAAGACCUGAAAUGGGACACACAGAUGCUCAAGGCAACUUUGUUCCUGAUAUUGAUUAUGUCUUAACAACGAGAGAGUUGGGUAAACUUUUCAAGAUGAACCAAAUUAAUGACUUGGAGCCAUCUACAGUUGGAAAGGAGUCUCCAACUUAUGACUCACCCAUUGCCGAGGGUACUGGAGCGGCCGUAAUUUUUGGUGUGACAGGUGGUGUUAUGGAAGCAGCUCUCAGAACUGCUUAUGAAAUCCUUGAAAAGAAGCCACUUCCAAAACUAAACUUGGAAGAGGUUAGAGGAUUGGAUGGUAUUCGCUCAGCAACCAUCAAGAUUUUAGGUCAAGAUAUUAGAGUGGCGGUUGCUCACGGUUCUGGAAAUUUGAAGAAACUCGUCGAAUACACCAAGACCUUGAAACCCGAAGAACAAUUCCACUUUAUUGAGAUGAUGGCUUGCCCAAGUGGCUGUGUUGGUGGUGGUGGAGAACCAAAGGUUGUUGAAAAACUUGAACACCAAGAAAUUGUCAAGAAACGACUCCAGUCUAUCUACAAGUUGGACGAAGCUUCUACCAUUAGAAAGAGUCACGACAACAAGGAGGUACAACAAUUGUAUAAGGAUCUUUACCACGAACCUUGCAGUCAUGAAGCACACGAAGACUUACACACUCACUAUCACUCACGAAAGUAA